CCACCGUGCCGUCACGUUGUCUCAGUCCAGAUUCGAAGAGUAAGAAGUCUGAAAACACAGUAAGACAGAGUAAAGCAUUGGUGAAGUUUGGAAGUGCAAGCUAUUGAUUAAAACCGUUUUGACUUCUGCAAAAUGGAUCAUAGUGUAAACUAUCAUUCUGCAACAGAAAAGGAAGAUGGUGUUUAUUUAACUACACCAAACUGGCAUCCAAAUCCCAGGAAUUACACAGGUAUCAUCGUUCUCAGCCAGUUAAAGGGGAAAAAAGUAAAGAUCAUAGUAGCUGCUUUUGGUCUUCUCCUAAUGCUUGGUGCUUUAAUGGCACUCUGCACUGUGGGAAUCUUUUUUCACAAUAAAACUGUCUCCUUUGCUAAAUUACGUGAGCAGUAUGAUAACGCUACAGCCACAAUUAUAAUGCAAAAAAUCCAAGCCAAAGAAAAAGAGAGAGCAUAUGAAAUGCUGAAGGUGAAGUAUCAAGAACUCGACUUUGCAUGCAGUACAAAAAGAACUGAAUCCACUGGACAAUGUGAGGAAGGAUGGAAGUCUCUUGGGUUAAAGUGUUACUUCUUCUCCACUGAGAAACUGAACUGGACACAGAGUAGAGAUUACUGUGUAGAACAGAAAGGAGGACACCUGGUGAUUAUAACCAACCAAAUUGAACAGAAUUUUGUAGCUUUACAAAUUGGAGAAACAUAUUGGAUUGGCCUGAAUGACUUGGAGACUGAGGGAGAGUGGAUGUGGGUGAACAGCCAGUCCUUAAAUGAGACGGGUGUAUCGUUCUGGUUUAGUGCACCAGAAGGACCAAAUGAGCCUGAUAACUGGAAAGUGGAGGACCCUUCUGGAGAGAACUGUGCUUCUCUCGGCCAUGAACAUGGUUACACACAUAAAUGGUUUGAUGCUACUUGCCGUAAGCGGAAACUAUUCAUUUGUGAAAAGUAAAAUACAACUUGAUUUUUCUCUGUGAUUAUAUAUGCUUGUGUCGACCAUUAGAAGGUCUGAUCAUGUAUGUGGCUUUUCUCCUGCUGUUUCAUUUGGUAGAAAGCUUAUCAUUUGACAGAAAUUUGAUUAUUCUGAACUUUAAUUCAUGAUUUUUAAUCUUAAAAUUAUUAUUAUUAUUUCUUUAAAUACAUAUUAAUGGCAAAGCUAUGGGACAGUAUAAUGUAAAUAUUUUUGGUGAACAUUCAAUGUUCUGCAUUAGUUCUGAGUAGUAGGGAAGUCAGAGGUAUUUAUGUUGUCUUACUACUACUGGACAGUUGAAGAUGACUUUGCCUGAAAAUCUUCAUUACAUGUUUUGUUUUUUGGGGUGGAAAAAAGAAAGAAUUUAGUGUAUAUAUUUUUUUCUUCUUCUUUUUCUAAGUCUUGGAUGUGAUGGAUGUUUAAAGAAAACCUAUUCCUUCAGUUUAAGGUUUAAGUUUAAGGGUGUAUGCUAUACACCCCAGUAUAGCAUUAGGUUCUCCUUUAUCUACUACAACCAAAUAUAAAGUUUAUUUAAAUAGAUGUUGAAGAUGUAAGAAUUAAUAAAAACUUACAUCACUCUAAGAUAUAAUGUCUGUGUCAUUUAUGACAUGUGAUUGUGUUUUAAUUCCUGUACAGCACUACUGAGCUACAGUAUGGACUGCAACAGAAGAGCAAUAAACUGACAACAGCUGCUAUUGUUUACAAUAAAAGGUCAAUCCAGAAAAAACAGAUCCCAAAAAUUAAGAUUAAAUUACUGCUCAGUUUACCUUUGGUGGUUUCAGUCACAUCUGAAAUUGAAAUUGCUGCCCCUUUUACAAGUAUCAUAUCCCACAGUCUGCAGGGAUAUUUUUAUACUGUUAUAAAUUUUGAUACUGUUUUAAUUUUGUACAGAACAUUAUCAAGGAAAAAUAAGCCAUAGUAAAUACCUUCCAUAUUGAAAUUCAUCUUAUGUAGCUGAAGUGCUGUAAUGUGAAAGCUUGUUGGCCAUUGGCUGCCUCAGCCACUGCCACAUCUGCUUCAUUGUAAUCUUCCAUUGGAGGAUCAGGACAGCAGCACCGCUGUAGCAAUGA